UUUUUUUAUUUAGAAUAUUGGAAGAUGUGAAAAAAAAACAGAAUGAAAGAGAGGCAGAUCCUGUCAGCAGUCUUCCUGCUGCUAAAUUUGAUUCAUUACAUACAUGGUACAUGCACUAAGCCGGCCCUCCCCGCCAAUGCCUACGCCCUGACAGAGGAUAAGACGUCAUAUGCCGUGGGGGAGAAAUACACGAUCGUGUGCCUCCCUAGCUACACCCUCAAUGGGGAGUCAGACUUGAUCUGUCAGAUCGGGGGGACAUGGUCCAGCGCGCCCCCUACCUGUGUAUCAGAUAGUAUUGUGGAUGUUCCAUGGUGGGUCCUUUUGUUGGGUGUUGUUGGGGGGUUAAUCCUCAUUCCGUGCUGUUUACCAAGGAUUAUAUUUUGCUUCAUGAACAAGAAAAAGAACGGAGAGGAAGAUGACGAGAAGGCGCUGUACAGAGGGGGAGAGAAGGGAGGGGGGAUGUGGAGGGGUGGUCACGGUAACCCCGUCACCCCCAUCACAGACAGGGGCAAGCACCAGCUCCACAAAAUGUGA